AUGCUCCCCCCGCCAGAUUUCGCUAACCCACCAAAGGCUUCCCUUCUGCGGAUUACCAACGCUCCUGCUGAUGCGCGUGUCUCGCGACUCAAGGUGCACCUCAUAAACGACCAGACGCUUGGUGUGUCGCGCAUCGUCUACCAUACGGCCAAAGCCGAGAAGGACGCACGUGCGGAAGAAUAUUCGGCCGUGAAAAGAAUCUUGUCGCGCGAUGACAUUGUUAUUGCUGACGGCUUAAACUAUAUCAAGGGCUUCCGGUAUCAGUUAUACUGUGAGGCCAAGGCCCUACAAACACCGAGCUGCGUUCUGCACGUAGGUACACCAGCCGACAGAUGUCGCGAGAACAACAAGAAGCUACUCGCCGACAAGGAAAAUGACGGUGGAUACGACGAAGAGGACUUUGAGAACCUGAUCUUCCGAUAUGAAGAGCCCAAUGGCAUGACAAGAUGGGACAGUCCCCUCUUCAUUGUAGUAGAGGAAGACGAGAAGCCGCCAUGUGACCAGAUAUGGGAAGCCAUGGUAGGCAGUGACGGCAAGAUGAAGACUGUCAAGCCGAAUCUGGCGACGGUACUGAAACCCGCGACAGAGCAGAACUACCUCUAUGAGCUCGACAAGACCACGUCCGAUAUCCUCGCGCAAAUCAUGGUAUACCAGAAAGACCACGCUGGCGAAGGAGGGGGCGAGAUAGCCGUUCAAGACGUCGAGAAGCCAAUUGAACUGCCUGCGACACCAAUGACCUUGCCGCAACUCCAACGCAUCCGUCGCCAAUUCAUCACCCUCAACCGACAACACAGCUUCUCGAAAGCGAGGAUAAAGGAGGUCUUUGUUGACUACCUCAACGCCGAGUUCCUUCGCUAG